CAGAAGGGAGACCUCACAUAGCUGGUAUGGAACUGAAUUCACAGCUUAACAUGUUGGAUUAGGCAAGUAAAAUUCAUUCUACAAGAUAUCAGAAGAGGAUCUAAGUCCCAAGGUUAGAGAAUGGAUUUCGUGAGAAGGCGGCUUUCCCAGGGAGGGAGUAGUGAUGAUGAGGGAAAGUCGCUGUCAUCAAGCUUCUCAGAGGGAACCUCAAGAUUCUUCACCUCAAUGGUGGCCAAAAAGAAUGGCCUAAUUAAUAACUUAUCCUCCAAACUGGAGAAUGUGAUGAAGACUUCCUCCAGUCCAGAGGAUUCAGACUCCGAAUCAGUUAGUCCGGCACAGACCCCAAGUUCUAAUUAUAGCUCCUACAGUAACGGAAGCAGAAAUUUCAGGGGAGAUGACUUCUCAACUCAGCCAUAUCGAUCAAAGAAAAAGACAGAGAGGAUUGGCAUUCCGCGAAGACAGAGUUCGUCUGGGUAUUCGGACAGCAGUGGGAAUGAUGAAGUGGCUGCUGGAAACAUCAGUUUUGAUGAGCCAUUAUACUCACCAACAUCAAAAUCAACAUUUACAUAUGAUUCUAAAGGAGAACAUUUGCUGAAAUCAAAUUGUGUUGGCUUGAAGAAAGUAAAUAAUGAAGACCAAGCCAAAAUGCAAAACAUUUCACAUAAUACAUAUGAAAGUGAAAGUAAAAGUAAGAUAAAGCCAGAUCUACUGAAGACAGAUAGUCGGGAGGAUAUACCUGAAGAUAAGUCAAAAGAAGAAAAAGAUAAUGACAGUGAAGAAGAUAGAAAAUCAAAAGUCUUCCCUGUGGAGAAGAGUGAGAAAGAGACAAACAUUGAUGUUGUGAAUGGGUACAAGAAAGCACCAAAAAUAAAUCGCCGAUCCAGUACGGUGGAUGAAAUGUUGUUUGACGACUAUGUACCACCGGAAGAACCAGAUGAGUAUGAUGAAAAUUUAGGUGAAAAUGGAGAUGUAAAUUCAAAUUCCAAGAGGAAAACUCUGAUUCCUAUGGGGGAUUUGAUGUCUUUUGAUGAUGAUCCUGAAAAAGAAACUGUAAAUCGUCAGAAAGUCCCCAUUGGAGAUGAAAAGUUCUCGUCCUUUACCAGUGUCUCAAGCAUUGACAGUUCUGAGUACAGUGUGGGUAAUAAUCAGAAUGGUAAUGAGUCAACUUCUGAGUCUGAGUUUGGAGGCUUCCCAGUCAAACGAUCAUACUCAAUGGGAUCCGAAAAUUCUUGGAGUUCAUCAUACAGUAUAGACAGCCAGCCAGAUGAACGAACGCUGGAGUGCAUGGAGUUUAUGAAAGCCUUUGUGGAUCAAAUAUUUGACCCAAGCAAGGAAAUUUCUCAAAUGGACAAGGCAAAAUUUGGAGAGUUUUGUCAGGAGGUGGCUGGGAGACAGUGGUUUGCACGAUAUGUCAAUGGACAGAGGGUACAUAACAAGCGAGUUACAGAGCAGAUAUUUUUCCAGUUGGUACAGUAUUUUGCAGUAGUGCUGUUUGAAUGUGGAGAGGCUGAAGAUUUUACCCCGGCCAAGUCACUGAUGAACAUGUGCUUCACUUUUUACUAUGAAGGUUGCCAUGGUAAGAACUUCCUGUACAGUUACCUUAGAGAUCAACCUAUCUGGCAGUCAUUGAGAUUCUGGAAUGCUGCAUUCUUUGAUGCAGUACAACUGGAGAGAUCCAAGAGACCUGUCUGUACUAGUGAUGAAGGGGAUGACCAACAGAAAGAUGACAGACAGUUUCAAGAAAACAUCACCUUUGGACAGCUAGGGACUUUCACAUGCAAUAUGAGGGCAUUUGGUCUGUCCAAGGAGUUGUGUAUAGAAUUUCUGAGGAAACAAUCGAUAAUUGCCAACCUGAAAAGAGAACAAGUCCAAAUGUUAAAAGACAACGUAGAUAAAUGGCGUGAAGCCUAGCCUAUGAACCUACAUUCCAAGAAAGAUAACUCUACAUGUUGCAGAGAAACAUAACUCAAUAUGCAUUGUAUAAGCUUUAUUUGAUUUUAAGUAAAAACCCUCCUCAAUGUAAACUGCAAGUAAAGACUCAAAGAUGAUGAUUUCUGCAGUUCAAAAUUUUGAUUUCUCAAAGUGAGCAAGUAGUAAGUUUUUUAUUCACAGUUUCUGCAAUUCCAUUGGGUUUGCAAAACUAAAGAUACAGAAUUGCAAAUCUUCAAAAAUUGGAAAUGGCAGAAAUUACCAUUAAUACAGUACAUGUAUAUUGUGGUCCAUGAUCAUUGUUAAAGUGUACAGGAAUACUUUUUUAUUUCUUAGUGGUUUCAUCUCCUCUAAUUGUGAUUGGACUGAAGAAAUUAAAUGAUAUGUUAAUCUUUACAUACUGUAAUAAACAUGGUGCAAUAUUGUUGAAAUGUUAUAAAUUUUUGUGCAUUUUACAAAUAGUGUUAAGAAUUAUUAUUUAUUUACAACAA